UUUUUCUCAUUUCCGUAAUGACGGGAGACAAACGGAUAUGUAUUAAAUCUGUAUUUCUGACUUAUUUUAUCAGACGUGUGUUGUUGAAGUGCGGUUUUUCAAUGUGUUUUAUAUUUCUGCUACAUCAUUUAGGUAACUUAUAUGAACUGUUAUGUACGGGAAGAAAAAAAUCAUCCUUGGACGUUCCCAUUCCGAAAGAAUAGUACGAAAGAAAUCGAAAAAGCAACCAUUAUGGCGUUUAUGGGGUGAAGAAAAGCAAGCUGAUGCUGUUUAUACUGUAUAUCUUAAAAAAGUUCGUUAUCAUCCUGGAUCAAGUUUAAGUUGCAAUGAUUCUAAUGAUGUUGUGUCUCAUUUGGAAUGGGAAACUGUACGAGUACGGUUAAUCAAAGCAGGAACACUAGAAAAAUUAGUUGAAAGCUUAGCUAAUGAUUCUGGAGAACUUGAAUCUACAUAUAUCAACAUAUUUUUUGCCACUUAUAGAUCAUUUGCUACUCCUAGACAAGUACUUAUGCUGUUGUUAGACAGAUAUAAACAAUUGGGUAGCAAGAAAAAUGACAUGCCAGAUUUUAUGAAACAACAGCAUAGAAGAACAUUAAUUCAAGCACUUCUAGUUUGGCUUGAUAUGUUUCCUGAAGAUUUUUAUGAACCACCUCAGUAUCUUAGUCUACAUCAAAUUGCUGAUUUUGCAAAAAAGUAUCUUUCAGGAAGUAUGUUAGAAUUGAGAGCACUUAACAGAAUUGAAAAAUACAAGCAAGAAGAAACAAUAGCACCACUGUCAAAUAAAUUAGGAUGGUGUAUAUCAUGUGAAGAUAAUAACAACACACUCACAUGUUUUCCAUAUGAAUUUUUAGAAUUACCAGUAGAUCAUUUUGCACGCCAGUUAACUUGGAUUGAUGCAGAAUUAUUUAAAAAAUUAGUUCCACAUCAUUGUCUCGGUUCCAUCUGGUCAAGAAGAGAAAAGGCAAAAGAAAUGUAUACCUCUUCUACUACAGUAACUGCAACUGUUAACCAAUUCAAUGCUCUUUCUAGUCGUGUUAUUUCUACUGUAUUAUCUGUGCCUAACAUGAAAGUUGCAGCUAGAUCUAAAAUAAUCUCAAAAUGGAUAGACAUUGCCCAAGAAUUAAGAUUUUUGAAAAAUUUUUCUUCUCUAAAAGCAAUUACUGCUGCAUUGCAAACUGUUCCAGUUCAUAGAUUGAAAAGAGUUUGGUUAUCUGUUCCAAGGGAAAAAGUUGAAGUAUUUUCAGAAUUAGCUAGGAUUUUUUCUGAAGAUAAUAAUCAAAUGAAUUGUAGGGAGUUAUUAAUUAAGGAAGGAUCAGCAAAAUUUGCUGACACUGUGGGAGAAAAUGAUCGUCAACUUCAGAAAGCUUUCCAGAAACAGUUAUCAAAUAGUGCAAUGUCUAUUAUGCAAGGGACCAUUCCUUAUUUGGGAACAUUUCUGACUGACCUGAUGAUGAUUGAUGCUGCAAUUCCAGAUACAUUACCAGAUGGAUUGAUUAAUUUUGAUAAAAAAAGAAAGGAAUUUGAGGUUUUGGCCCAGAUUAAAUUACUUCAAAGUUCUGCAAAUAACUAUAAUAUUGUUCCUGAUCAUAAAUUUCAAGCUUGGUUUGAAAAUUUACCAACCAUUGAUGAUAAUGAAAGUUAUCAACUAUCAUUUCUCAUAGAGUCCCAUGUGCCUGCAAAUAAUGAAAAACGGCCUUUGCAAAAGUCUCGAAGUUCAAACAAUACAUAUUAUCAUAAGAAAAAUGACUCUACAUCAUCUACGUCAACUUCUUCGUCAAAUAGCCAAUUUUACGAUCAAAGUAGCAGUGAUGCUAGUAUGGCUAGUAUAACAAUGGAUGGUGUUAAGCCGUCAGCAUCUUGUUCAUCACUAACAUUUGGAUCAUUUGGUUCAACAUUUGCUCUAGCGUCAGAUAUUGUUAACUCAGGAAUUUCUCAACAGGCUCCAGAAUUUUAUAUAAUUAGAGUGAGCAUUGAGCAAGAUGACAGAAAAGAAGUGGAAGGAGUGAAUCUUUAUAAGAGUAUAAUGUUAAGCAACUGUGAUCAUACACGAACUGUAAUAUAUAAUGCUAUGAUGAAGCAUGGAUUAGUGGGUAAUCCAGAUGACUAUGAGUUAGCUCAGCUUUUGCCAGAUGGAGAAAUAGUUUUCCCCAGUUCUGCAAAUGUGUAUUAUGCUAUUAAUACAGCAUAUGACCUGAACUUUAUUCUAAGAAGACAAAAUAAUAUAUCUCAGAAGAGAUGUAAACCUACGCCUCUAGUGAAACGCAUACUGGGAACCGUGACGUAAAUCGUGUACAUGUAAUGAGAGA